AUGAGUUACGCCGAAGCUGCCGCAAAGGGACCCAAGCAAUCCCCCGAAGAGGUACGUCACUCGAAUCAACCAGCUGACUCCUACCUUGCUAACCAUGACCGCAGGCGUAAUCGCGCCCCCGAUAUCAACCACGUUUACAGAGACGAAGGCGACAGCACAGCGUCCUUGAUCGAUGUCGACGGCCCACAUGUGCAAUCAGUUGAGCCCGACUUCCUGCAGCAGGAAGUCAAGACCACUACCCAGGCUGAGAGGAUAGAGCGCGAGGAAGAGGAGUCGCAAGAGGCCGAAGAGAAGAAAGAGAAGGCCAAGGCUAAGGCGAAGGCGAAGGCCGAGCGCGCUCGCGAGAACAAAGGCAACCCUGUGUUCAUCGGAAACGCUGCCAUUAUGGCCCUCGUUGGAGCGGGUCUCGGCUUCGGUGCCUACAAGAAGCACACACAAGGCAAGCUUUCGUGGGAGCUUGUUGGGCUGUGGACAGGAGCUGUGGGAGCCUUUGGUGCCAUUGACUACUUCGUCAGCAAGUAA